CAGAUACCUAAAUUACCAGCAGCCAUAUCUCUACAAUCGAUCACUUGUUCAUCAUAUCGCUAGCUUUCUUACAACUGAAAUGGAAAGCAGUAUUAAGUGCAAUAUUGUUAGUGCUUCAGAAAAGCCUGACCGGAAAACACAGGAAAAGAACAGAAGAAUACAAAUGAAGUAUCUUUGUUCUAAGCUUUUUUCUCUCAUUCCUCCCAACCAGUCAAAGGAGAUGAUGUCACAACAAGACCAAGUUGAUGAAGCCAUUAGUUACAUCGGUAGAUUAAAAGAAAGAGUAGAGGGAUUAAAGAGAAGGAAGGAGAUGGUUAUAGCACAAGGCACUUGUACUUUAAGAGCACCUAUGGUUGAAGUUAAAGAGUUGGAUUCAACUCUAGAGGUGAUUUUAAUUAGUGGUUUGCAAAAGAACUUCACCAUGCAAGAGAUUAUAAACAUCUUAGAGGAAGAAGGUGCUCAAGUUGUUACUGCUAAUUAUUCAACAGUUGACGAUACGAUUCUCUAUACAAUCCACGCUCAGGUGAAAAUUACAAGAUUAGGGGUUGAUGCAUCAAGGAUCUAUUUGAGAUUGCAAAAGCUGGUUUGCUAAAUUCAAUCACGUCAGUUCAUGACGCGUCUUCUGACUAUAAUGGUUGGGCUUGACUCUGCUCACCGAUUGUACUGUGUGUGGCGUGUGCCUCCAGAUGCCUCCAUGCAAGUGAAGGUCCAGCAAUGAUCUACAAGGAGAUAUGUAAGCCAUAUACACGGAUUUUUAGUUGAUGAAACAAUAAUCAUACUAUUCAUACUUUAUGCCCCCAAAACAGCCUAGACUAUUAAUUUGAUUACAUUUGUACUAUUUCUUUUGUUGGCUAUUCAAGUUGGCAUUAAUGUACAUCAUACAUUGAAAUCAUUACUUCCCGAAGACUAUAUACAA